GGCUGAGAGAUGGCAUUUUUAUUUUUGGCAUAUUGACAGUCCACCGACUGUUUUCAGUAAAAAUCGUCUUACAAGCAAAGUGACAUCUUGAGGCAUUUCGGUUCUGGAGGAAGACACUGGACAAUAAAAUUCGUUUCAUACCAGUGUUACGACGAAAGCGCAAGUCGUGGCAUGAACCAGUCUUUCCGCCCCUCUACGCAUGCCUGGUACAAUCCGGCGGUGUUUACACUACAGUAGCAACAAUAUUUUCACGAAAUGACUCGAGUAUGAAUAUUAAAGAGGACACCGUUUUGAGGAUCACCUAAUACAUUACGAGAUGUUACGAAACCUGCUCAUCGUUUUGGCUGUGUGGAUGAACAUCUUAGACGUCGGGGAGGCCGUCGUCAUACAAGAUAUUCGCCUGGUCGGCGGUUCCUCCGUGAACCAGGGGCGGGUUGAGGUACAGGUUGGCGGGACGUGGGGCACGGUGUGCGACGACCAGUGGGACAGCAACGACGCCGACGUCGUGUGCAGGAUGUUGGGAUAUACGUCUGGCGGCACGGCGUACGGUAACGCCCAGUUCGGGCAGGGCACGGGCCCCAUCUUACUUGACGACGUGUCCUGCACGGGGCACGAGGCGCGACUUGACAGCUGCGUCAUCAACACCGACCUCAUCAACUGUGCCCACAGCGAGGACGCGGGCGUCAUGUGCGACACGACGAAUCCCGUCCCCACAGCGGGCACUCCCCCCACAGUGACUCCGUCCGCCGGACCCGUGCCUGACAGGUGCCCAAGUGGUCAGAAGAACCAGUUUGUCCAGCUGAUUAACUCCAACGGUGUGGAGGGUGUCGGGUACGUGGAGGUAAGAAACCCGGCCGUUCCCGGCAGUCAGUGGGGCUCCAUGUGCGACGACAUGAUCAACGAGAACGUCGCCAAGGUCAUAUGCGGGUCAUUGUGUUUUAACAUAACCUGGGCUCGGCCUGGUGCUGUCAUAAAAGACUUGGGCAGUCCUCGCUUUCCCAUCAUCCUGGAUGACGUCAAAUGCAAUGGGCAGGAGCAGCAGGUACAGGACUGCCCUCACGCCCCCUGGGGACAGUCCAACUGCGACGACAGAACAGAGGUGGCCAGUGUCACGUGCGUCGACUUGGACUCGGCGCCAGAGAAGCCAACACUGGAUCGUCAUACACAUCAUACCCCAGUCCCAAUCUUACAGUGCCAGAAAGGCUACCUCAUAGCGCUGUUUAGCAGGCUAAGGGACCCGACUCUGGAAGAAAAGCACCUUACAAUUGGCAAGGCUAUGACCGGUGGAUGCACGGGUUUGCAGAAAGCCACUGACAACAACUACGUCACAAUUAGGAUUCCUUUUGAGGAGUGUGGAACGGUCGUAAGAAACAACAAGACGCACAUCAUCUACAGCAACGUGAUCAAGUACGACUACACACGGCUGGAGGGCUCGAUCUCGCGCGUCAACACCUACAUGAUCGAGGUGAGCUGCGAAAUGCCCCGGAACUACUCUACCGAGCGCCCGAUGCAGCCUCUCACGCAGACCGUCACGAAGAAGGCCGAGGGCGUGUUCGUGAUAACGAUGCAGUUCUACCUGAACAAUAGCUUCACCCAGCCUGUCAGUCAGUACCCGGUGCGCAUCACGCUUGGGGAGUGGCUAAACGUGGCACUCAUCCUCGACUCGGUCGACAGCAGGCUCAAGCUGGUGGUGCCCAACUGCUAUGCCACACCCACCGCCGACAGGAACAACCCCGUGAACGUUCCGCUGUUUGUAAACAAAUGCCGACGCGAACAAUCCCUUGGCUUUUUUCCGCUGAAUCAAGAGAAAUUUGGGUUCCGGUACCAGUCGUUUGUUUUUGUCAACUACCCGGAAGUGUAUAUUCACUGUGGGGCGUUCGUUUGCUUAGCAACGGAAACUGGUGCGGAAUGCGACCGGAGUUGUAUCGCCAACAAGACGAUCACGAGUGGACGCCGACGUCGAGCGGUGGAGCCCGGGCUUCACGAAUACCAGUGGGUCAACAGUGGACCAGUCUACGUCUACAGGAACGACAACCCUAGUGAAGUGACCACUGACAGCGGUCGCAACGUAGUGCUGAAUAUGACUAUGACAGUGAGUCCGUCCAUUCCCACCACUGUCACAGUCCCCCCACCGACAACGACGUCGAGUUAUACAACCACAACCAGGCGCAAACCUACAACCAUUAGGAAUCGCAACACAACCACGAGUAAGCCCCAAGCGACAACCACAGCAAGCAAGACAACCAAGGCUAAAGUUCAGCCUGCAACCACGCCAAGCCAGUCAACCAAGGUAAGCCAGACAACCACGCCAAGCCAGACAACCAAGGCAAGCCAGACAACCAAGGCAAGCCAGACGACCACGACUAAGCCUCAAAAGUCGACUAAGGCGAGUGACGUUGUAAGCACAGAGUACCCUGCAGAUUUAACAACACAGCUCGAAGAGAAGCAGAUGGUUUCCAAACCUCAAGCACUACCUGGUCGUGAGCCUGCCAACAACCCUCUGGCUGGACUAAGCAUACGAUCUAGCGCCAUGAAGAUGCAUUACAAUAUGUUCUUGAUCUCAUUUGCCUCUGUGAUAAAACGCUUUAUUGUUUUCUUGUAAACAUUACUUUUAUAGUCAUAAAGAUCCAAGUAUUUCUCAGGUUCAAGCCUAGUGACCCGUGGGUGUAAUCCGGCAGCCUUGCCUACUUAUCCAGGUAACAAACAGACUUUAACAUACACAUCGUCAACAAGUACAUAUGGAUGUAUUAAAAUUGUGCCUCAGUAUAUUGAGAUUUGUGGAAUACUCAAUGUUUGGAUACAGCCAGUCUAGAUUCGAAAGUUUUACAAACAUGGACCCAGAUCAGAUGUUUGUAGUAGCUACAUAUACAUAAAUUAGUUAUUUGAAACCGAAAAUGGAAGUACACGGGGAACUCCUGAAUGACUAAUAGCAAAUGGUGUACCAAAAAUAAUCAUCCACUGGUAUUUGACAGACUAAGAUCCCGUGCCGCUAAUGGAGAAAUGUAGUGGGUUUAUUUUUAAGACUAUGAGUCAAAAUUACUAAAUGUUAGACAUUAAAUAGCCCAUGAUUAAUAAAUAUUGUUAAAUAAAACUAACUUUUUGACAAACUGAAGAUAUAUAUAUGUUACUGGACUUGUGUAUAUAUAACUUAAAAAGAGUCCAGACUCAAAUCUUUAAUGACGUCACAGGCAUGCAACUUGUAGGCAUAGUAAUGAUGUUAAUAGCCUUAAGGCCCUAUUACAGAUGUUUACACUUUAAACGGUUUUUUAAGCGCAGGUCGUGGCCCCAUGCGUACAACACUUUUGGACUAUAGACUCAAGACUAACAGAGGUUGAGACGUCAACGUCAUGGCAACACGAUGCAAAUUGUACGCAUGUGACGUCAUUAAAACGUUUGAGUCUGGACUCGGGUGUCAAUGGCCAGUUGAUGCUAUUUCAGAACCAAUUACCUGAGGUUAGGGGAGUUUUUAAUUACAGUAAUUAGAUAUUAACAUCAGACAUUAAAUUUAAUUUUGACCUCCACCUAGCCCGUGCUUUUAAAACGUUUAACGGUCUAGAUUGAAGUCUCUAAUACUGUUCGGAAACUUCACUGUCAUGACAGCGAAUACAAAUUGCACGCGAGCGACGUCAUUAAAGAUUUCAAUCUGGACUCUAAAUAUUUUAAAAGCAAGGGCCCGUGCUUAUAAAAUUUAAAGUCUAGACUUUAAUAAAGUCCAGACUUUAACGUAAUGCUAUUUGAAUGGCGUUGCCAUGACGUUAAAGUCUGGACUUUAUUAAAGUCUAGACUUUAAGGUUUAUAAGCAUGGGGCCUGGCACUGGCUUUAAUGAACCUAUGUGUGGUCCAAAGUUUUGUACAGGUUCUUAUUACAAUAUUUAUUCACGGAUAUUUCGUACAAUUUUAAUAUAUGUAUUGCAGAUGUAAUUUUUAUCCAUGUACAUACAUCAAGCGUUUCUUUGUUAUAUUUCGAAUAAUGUAAUUCCUACUUCAUAAUUAUAUUGGAAUACAAGGAUCGCUUUCCUACCAAGGAAUGCACGUAUUUGACCCAGAUGCGUGGAGGAUAUGUCAUACGUGUUCUUGUUUUCUACCAGUAGAAUGGUGCUUUCAUUGUUAUAUAGGUAAUAUAUUUGGCUUUAGUGUAACACUGUUAAGUUUGGUUAUGUUACGUCUCAUCUGGUACGUGUCUGUGUGCCUUAUUGUCGAUAGUAGUGUCAGGAACAUAGAGCUUUACCUUCCUUACCUGGGACCCUGGUCGUUUUAACACGCCAACGACAUAACAAUGUGUUUAACAAAUCGAGGCCUAAACUUCAUACAUAUUUAUUUUGAGGAGAAUUCUAGAUCCGUCCUUCAAGUAGCUAGCAGAAAGUAUCCCUACUAGUUAAACAUGUUGAGAAUUAGUGACUAGACGAGUGUCCAGGAAUCUUGAACAUCCUUAUUUUAUUCUUCGUUAAAACUCCCACAACAACAACAACAACAAUACCAACACAUGUAUUAUUGUUUAUUAUAGAGAGUCCAUUGUACCACCUAGAACUCAAAAGUUAGCUUUGUUGUGUUUUUGAAAGUAUCUAAUAUUGCAAAAAAAGAUUGUCCUUGUUCCCACAAAUUAUAUACAGUGAAAUCUUUUUAUUUUCGUGGGCAUAAAUUACACCCCCCCAAAAAAAAAAAAACCCCACACAAAAAAAAAAAAAACCCCACAAAACAAAACAACAACAAAAAAACCCCAACAAAACAAAACAAAACAAACAAACAAAUAAAACAAACAACAAACCCACACCCAACAACAAUAACCAAACAAACAAACAAAAAAAACAAAAACCCGAACACAUUUCGUUGCGUACUUGAAUUCGUGGAUGUAAAAGGUAGUGUAAUUCGUAUUCUCUGUAUACAUGCACUAGACGACGAAUUGUACGAAUAGUAGAUCACCAGUAAUAAAAGUGAUUUCAUAGUAAUUCAGUUUCAUUUGCACAUGUACAUUACAUGUUGUAACAAAGAAAACACUGUAUCCCAUUUCCCCCUUGGAUGACCAUUUCAGGAUCUAGAAGUGUAACAAUAUUUUACAGCACCAUUAUAUAAUUAAUAGUAUAGUGCAUCAGAAUAGUAUUAGACGUUGUAGUCCGUGUUGUCGAUUGUGUAUGCUGGUAGCUAGCUCAAAGUCUUCUGUGAUAUUCAUUAUUCCAAACUGUUUUUUUUAUAUAUAACAUGACUACAGACAUAAAGAUAUUUUUUAUUAUA